GAUGCUGCCCUGGAGACGGAACAAAUUCGUGCUGGUGGAGGACGAGGCCAAGUGCAAGACGAAGAGCCUGAGCCCCGGGCUGGCCUACACGUCGCUGCUCUCCAGCUUCCUGCGCUCCUGCCCGGACCUGCUGCCCGACUGGCCGCUGGAGCGCCUGGGCCGCGUCUUCCGCAGCCGGCGCCAGAAAGUGGAGCUCAACAAGGAGGACCCCACCUACACCGUGUGGUACCUGGGCAACGCCGUCACCCUGCACGCCAAGGGCGACGGCUGCACCGACGACGCCGUGGGCAAGAUCUGGGCGCGCUGCGGGCCGGGCGGGGGCACGAAGAUGAAGCUGACGCUGGGGCCGCACGGGAUCCGCAUGCAGCCGUGCGAGCGCGGCGCCCCGGGGGGCUCGGGGGGCCGCAGGCCCACGCACGCCUACCUGCUGCCCCGCAUCACCCACUGCGCGGCGGACGCGCGCCACCCGCGCGUCUUCGCCUGGGUCUACCGCCACCAGGCGCGCCACAAGGCCGUGGUGCUGCGCUGCCACGCCGUGCUGCUGGCGCGGGCGCACAAGGCGCGCUCCCUGGCCCGCCGGCUCCGCCAGGCCGCGCUGGCGGCCUUCAGCGACUUCAAGCGGCUGCAGCGCCAGAGCGACGCGCGCCACGUGCGCCAGCAGCACCUCCGCGCCGGGGGCGCCGCCGCCCCGCUGCCCCGCGCCCCGCUGCGCCGCCUGCUCAACGCCAAGUGCGCCUACCGGCCGCCGCCCGCCGAGCGCGGCCGCGGCGCGCCCCGCCUCAGCAGCAUCCAGGAGGAGGACGAGGAGGAGGAGCCCGAGGAGGAGGACGACGACGACGGCCAGGAGGAGCAGGACCCCCACGCCGAGGGGCGCCCGGGCGCAGCCCCCCAGCGCGAGCGGCCCGAGGUGCUCAGCCUGGCCCGCGAGCUGAGGACGUGCAGCCUGCGGGGCGCCCCGGCGCCCCUGCCGCCCGCGCAGCCCCGCCGCUGGAAGGCCGGCGGCGCCAGGGAGCGGGCGGGCCAGGCGCGCUGAGAGCCCCGGCGCGGGCCCCGCGGCCCCCCAGCGGCCCUCCGGACUCACAGCCUCUAACCCGGCCCUGCCUGCUUUGGCUCCUCCUGGUCUCUGACCCUGCCUCCCUCCGUGGCCUCCGUGGUGGUCGCCUCGCCCCUGGCUCAGGUGGAUGCCUGGAAUGUGCUUGAUUACUAAGGUGGAUGGAGGGAGGGGGGGGUUGUCUCUCCCCACAUCCAGAGUUCCCUGGGCCCUCCCUUCUGGAAAUGCCCCCUUGCUUUACACCAAGUCUUUUUGCCCUCUCAAAACAUCGAUGCUCCUGGGAGAAAGGGAAGCAAGUGGAGUUUCCAGAAACCCAAAAGGGCAGUGACUCUGCCAUGGGUCCCUCUGGUGUUCCCCGAAGAAGCGUUCUCAGAGGGAAAAGAUGGAGAGACCGACUGGGGAGAACCCAGGCCAG